AAUACCAUAGGUCAACUAGACGACAGCUAAUAAGGUAGUACCGCCGUUGUAGUCGACAAAACAAAAUCUGUAAUGUUGUAUAUGCAGAGUGAAUUCGGUGUGCCGCACAACAUGCAUAAUCCUAAUAUUCAUAAUCCAUCAUUUUUCACGUGUUUAUUUUCCACAUUCAAUUUCCCAACCCCAUCAUCUUUUUUAAGCUGCGGCUCCUUUUAUUAUAAAAUCUCUUCUCAACAACUAUUAAGUCUCAAACUCCUGCUUUUCUCGCAUCUUUAUAUAAAUAAAGUUAAUUUGCAACCGCCUUUCUUUUUUCAGUCCUCAUUAAACUUGUCAUAUAUUUCAACAUUUAUAAAUCAUAACUUAUCAUUUUUAUUCAAACUCUUUCUCCCUCUUUUUUUUUUUUUUCCUUUCUCCAUAUAAAUUGGAUUGAAAUUAUUUAUUAAAUUAGAAACAAAUUAAAAGAUGGAUUGUAAUUUGGAGCUUGGUCUAUCAUCUUCUUCUACUACAUUCUCCACGUAUGUAUCUUAUCUUCUCCCUUUCUUUGUCUUUUACUUUAAAUGGUUGUGUAUAAUUUAUGUCAUUGUGAUUUAUCUUAACAGGGGAUCUAAUGUUGAUGAUUCAAAGCGCGAACAAUUGACCAUAUUCUAUAAUGGCACAAUCUGCGUUUGUGAUGUUACUGAAGCUCAGGCAAGGUGUAUAAUAAAUCGAGCAAGUCGAAAAAUGACAGAAGGAACGUGUAUAUCUCCGACAGACCAAAUCUCACCAAAGUUACAAUAUGAGCAAUUAUGUAGUCAAACACAAAAUGGUCUUUCCAUGAAGAAAUCUUUACGACAAUUUCUUGAAAAGCGAAGGCAUAGGAUCAAAGCUACAUCUCCAUAUUAUCCAUAUUAGAAAAAUUAAUAAGCAUAAUAGAUACUAUUUAGAAGAUUAAAGAAGAAUGUAUCUGCUAGCUGGUUUUUUUUGGCGUUCAUUGACCUUUUAGAGGGUUAUAUUUGUAUUCUUUGUAAAGUUUUGGAAUUCAUUUAUGUAGAGCUUCCUUCCCUUGAUCGA